CAGUCCGCAGAAGAAGAAGGAGGCAGCCAUUCCCAAGUAAACAAAUGUCAUUCAGACCGCCGUCUGAUAGCUGAGCGGCCCUUCUGUCGUUGUUAUGGCUCAUGUGGAUGGGCUGUAAGGAGUUUUAAAGCGAAAAGAUGGAAAAAGAAGAAAAUAAGAAGAUUUCCGAGGAGCGAGGCUUCCGGACGCCCGGCCUGAGAGGAGCCCAGACCACCACCCUGUUCAGGGCUGUUAACCCUGAACUGUUCAUUAAACCUAAUAAACCAGUGAUGCUAUUUGGACUGGCGGCCAUCACUCUGUGCGUGGGUUACCUGGGCUAUCUGCACGCUGUGAAAGAAAAUGACCAGCAGCUUUAUGAAGCCAUAGACAGCGAAGGAGAGCGAUACAUGAAGAGGAAGACUUCUAAAUGGGACUGACAGCAAUGCACCAUCUGACUGAGAAUAAAUCAUGUUCUUUUAGACUAAAACAACAAAAUAAAAUAAAGACACAUCCAACCAGU